CGAUAAUUUUAGUCACCUUGUAGAAAAGGCCGCAACCUGUCCCGCUUCUCGCGCAAUGUGUCCCGAGCACGCUGCGACCUUCGGUCGGCCCACUUCCAUGCACGCGACGCCUCGAUGAGGCGGCUCUAGCUCCCUUUGACUCGAGCUACGGCUUCGCGGCGAAUGGGAGGCUCCAAAUCGUCACUGUUCCCGACCACCGUGACGAUGGACGAGCCAACAAAGGGUGGGAUGUCUUUGGGCUGCCGCCGAGUCCAGAUGCCCUACUUUACACCGAUGCCCCGUCUCGCUGUUAUAUUAAUCGCUGGCCCGACCUGCGCACCGCCUUAGCUGCCAUUGAUCACUCGUUCCCUCUCACCCGGAGUCCCAAUUACUGUCAUUGCCUCUGCCUUCCCUCCGUCUUCUGCUCACACCUCCACCUCCACAAUGGCUUCAGGCGCUGUCAACGGCCACGCCAACGGCACCAAUGGCCAGGCCAGAGAGCGCACGCCGCUCCGACCCGGCAUCUACUCGCCGACCAUGACCUUUUUCGACCCCGAAACCGAGGAAGUCGACAUCCCCACAGUCAAGAAACAUGCGGUCCGGCUUGCGGAGGCCGGGCUUGUGGGGCUCGUGACCAUGGGUUCCAACGGAGAGGCCGUACACUUGAACCGUGCUGAGAAGGCAGCCAUCACGCGAGCAACCCGUGAGGCUCUGGACGAGGCAGGAUACCAAAACGUGCCCGUGAUUGCCGGUGCUUCUGAACACGGCAUCAAGCUUACAAUCGAAUCGUGCAAAGAUGCUGCCGAAGCAGGUGCCGAAUACGUCCUUUUGGUCCCCCCGAGCUACUACCGCUACGCCAUUGACGAGGACGCCAUCGUAGAAUACUACACCAAGGUUGCCGAUGCCUCGCCACUUCCUGUCAUCCUCUACAACUACCCCGGCGCCGUCUCAGGAAUUGACAUGGACAGCGACCUCAUCAUCAAGCUCGCCGAGCACCCCAACAUCGUCGGCACAAAGUUUACCUGCGGGAACACCGGCAAGCUCACCCGCGUAGCACUCGCCACCAAUGCCGUGACUUUCAAGAGCAACGGCAGCGGGUACAUGGCGUUCGGCGGAAUGGCUGACUUCACCGCCCAGACCGCAGCCAGCGGCGGCUCCGGCAUCAUCGCUGGUGGCGCCAACGUCAUCCCCAAGACGUGCGUCAAGGUGUGGAACCUUUGGGCAGAGGGCAAGUACACCGAGGCCUUCGAACUACAGAAGGUGCUCAGCAAGGGCGACUGGGUCCUAACCAAGGCCGCCAUCCCCGGAACCAAGUCCGCCAUCCAGUCAUAUUACGGCUACGGCGGCUACCCCCGCCGGCCGCUCAAGAGGCUGUCAGACGAGAAGGUCAAGGCAGUGGCGGACGGCAUCGCGGAGGUUAUGAAGGUGGAGAAGAGCUUAUAAGCGUGUGCAAAAGCGGUCUUGUUCCCUUUCCCUCCCUCCCUCCUCCUUCUGAUGCAUUUAUGAUCCUUCUUUGUGGCUUUACGAUACUUGCGUUCAAUAUCCAACUUGCACAAUUCAGCUCCACACAUUGCAUCCAUUCGUCCGCCGCGGAUCCUGCUCUGUAGCAGUAAAAUUAGCUAAGGAAAAUUAGGUCAUGUUAUAGAGAUAUACUAAGUCACGUGCACGUCAGAGGUCCACAGCUAUACGUGGAACCUUUAUUUACCACUCC